UGCGUAUCAUCGAAGGGACUGCUUUGACUGUAUGCGCUACGCAUGUCGGCUAUAUAUUAUGUACACACGCUGAUAUAUAACCCCAAGUCUCUUCAAGAUCUGAUCCCAUCCCACUUCUUUUGUUGCUCUUGGUUUUGUUUUCUGUUUUUCGGCAGAGAGAGAUGGGGACGCUGCCACCAACAUCGGUAGCAGUAGAUGAUGAUCGAGUAGAUGAUGCAAAAGUUGGCCGCGAAGAAGCUGAUCAUGAUCACGAACAAAAGCAACUCGAUGCCGGUGCUCGUUUUGUUCUCAAAUCCAAAGGAUCAUGGGUGCACUGCGGUUAUCACUUGACAACAUCGAUUGUUGCUCCGUCACUCCUGAGUUUGCCGUACGCUUUCACCUUCCUCGGAUGGGCGGCCGGAAUUUUGUGUUUAGUCAUCGGAGCAUUAGUUACUUUCUAUUCGUACAAUUUAAUCUCUUUGGUUCUUGAACACUAUGCUCAAUUGGGUCAUCGCCAUCUCCGAUUUAGAGACAUGGCUCAUGAUAUUUUAGGUCCGAGAUGGAGUCGUUAUUUUGUCGGACCAAUUCAAUUCCUAGUAUGCUAUGGUGCUGUUGUGGCCUUUACUCUUUUGGGAGGACAAUGCAUGAAGGCAGUUUACUUGUUGACCAACCCAAAUGGGACUAUGAAGCUAUACGAGUUUAUGAUCAUAUUUGGGUGCUUAAUGCUGCUUUUGGCUCAAAUCCCAUCUUUUCACUCACUCAGGCACAUUAACUUGGUGUCUGUCCUUCUUUGCCUAGCAUAUAGUGCUUGUACCACUGCUGCCUGCAUCUACAUUGGUAAUGUCUUUUGCUACAUUGCCAAACAGGACAUACAGUCACUAAAAUCAAGUUCAUUGCCUUAUGGGUUAUUUGGGCAUAGAAGUUCUUCCAAGGGGCCACAUAAGAACUAUUCCUUGAAUGGCAACAUUCAAAGUCGAGUUUUUGGGGUCUUUAAUGCUAAUGCCAUCAUUGCUACAACAUUUGGCAAUGGAAUCAUUCCAGAAAUUCAGGCAACAAUAGCACCACCAGUGAAGGGAAAGAUGUUCAAGGGACUCUGUGUUUGUUAUGCAGUAGUGACGAUGACUUUCUUCAGUGUUACCAUCUCUGGCUAUUGGGCAUUUGGCAACCAAUCUGAAGGCCUCAUCCUUAGCAACUUCUUGGAUGAUGGCAAACCUUUGGUGCCAAAGUGGAUCAUCGUCAUGAUCAACCUUUUCACCAUACUCCAACUAUCAGCGGUUGGCGUGGUUUAUCUCCAGCCCACAAACGAAGUUCUUGAGCGAGCAUUUGCAGAUCCAACUAGCAAAGAGUUCUCUGCUCGCAAUGUGAUCCCACGAGUAGUAUCUCGCUCGAUGUCUGUCAUCUUAGCAACCAUUAUAGCAGCAAUGCUUCCAUUUUUUGGGGACAUCAAUGCGGUUAUUGGGGCUUUUGGUUACAUCCCCCUUGACUUCAUCUUGCCUGUUGUGCUCUAUAACUUAACCUUCAAGCCAUCUAAAAGAAGCCCCAUUUUCGUGUUAAACACCACUAUUGCAGUGGUUUUCUCAAUCUUGGGGGUUCUAGCUGCAAUUGCUGCUGUAAGACAAAUAAGCCUCGAUGCCAAAACUUAUCGGUUGUUUGCUAAUGUAUGAACACCAUUAAGCGAAUAUUGCUUGCUUUCGCUCAAGUGGUAUAGACAAGCUGGAUGAAGUGUAGAUCGUAGAUUGGAUUUCCCUUGUAACUAAAGCAUUUGAUCGCCGUUCCAGUGUGCAUAAUGUUAUGCAUCUGCUAUUUGCAGCGAUUCUUA